AUGCGGCUCAGAGCAGCAGACGGUCAUUUCAGAUCGUCAAAUAGCCCCUGUCUGAAUGUUACACAGCCACGACAGCUGCAGUGUGAUGGUCACAGGAUCCGUUUGGCCUCCAGCUCCGGCUCCCGGCUCAACCCCUCCGCCUGGUAUGUGCGCUCGCCCAAAGUGGCUGCCGAGGCCAGAGCGCUCCCGCUUUGUGAUGGUGCACCACCGGGUUACGUGAAAGACAAGAGGCGGUCGCCCCCGUCUGCCAGGUCGCCCUCCGCCCCACAGAGGAACCCUCACCACAGCGGCGCCGCGGACGAGCAGGAGAGUCCCGAGAGAGUGGUGCAGAAGGAGAAGCUCCAUGCAGAGCUGAAGCAGGUGUUGAGUCAGAAACGAAGCCAUCUGAGAGAGUCGACCUGCCAACUGGCCCAACCGGAGAUGGACUCGGAGCCGACAGAGGAGCAGACAGUCAGCCUGUUCCCCCACAUGAAAACCAAAGGAUAUGCCGGAGCAGAGACGGGAGCAAAAGUGGAAACAGGACGACUGGAGGGAGAGGUGGACGUCUCUCCGUCUGAAAUACCCGGAGCUAAAGUGAAAACCAAAGCCAAAGGACACAAGUUUGGGAUCACAUUUCCUAAGACCAAACACACAAAGUCAGGCUCGUCUUUGGAAACGGUGGAGCUGAAGCCUCCGAGUAUCAACAUCCAGCCGCCGUCGGUGGAGUUCAGUUUGUCCGGUGAUAAAGGCGUGGACGUGGAGAAGGGAGGAGCUAAGUUUAGCCCGCCUGAUGUGGAGUUCACGCUGCCUUCAGGAAAAGCUGAAGGGAAGGCAGAAAUCAAAGCUCCUAAAGUGGACAUUAAAGGAGGAGCCGAUGCAGCCGAAGGAAAAGGAGAUACAAAGCUCAGAAUGCCGAAGUUGAAACUACCAAAAGUGAGACUCUCACGUCAUUCGGAUGAGAUUGAUGGCGACAUCAAGCUAAAAGCUGAAGGGAUGAAAAUGCCAGACAUCAAACCGCCAAAAGUAGAAAUCAGAGGAGAUGGGGAGGCAAAUAUCACCAAACCGAAGCUGGAAGGUGAUCUCUCAGGAAAAGCUGCAUCUGUUCAAAUGCCUUCUGUUGAUAUUUCUUUACCAAAAGUGAAGGGAAAAGCUGACGUCUCGCUCCCAGAGUUUGAAGGGGCUGGGAAGACAUCGAUCAACAUGCCCGCCGUCGACGUCUCUGUGCCGGAUGUUGAUUUGGAAUUAGACACCGGAUGGAGAAUUCCCGAUGAGGUGGAAGGAACUUUGAAAGGGCCCAAAAUCUCCAUGCCGAAGGUCGACAUCUCGCUACCGAAGAUGGGAUCACCUGAUGUGGAUGUUGAAUGUCCAAAAGGUGGAGGAAAAUUCAGCCUGCCUUCUGUUGACAUCUCUCUCCCACAGGUGAAACCGGAGGUUGAAGACGUGGAUAUGGACUAUUUCGUGGGCGGAGAUGGAAAGUUCAAAAUGCCUGAUUUUGACAUAUCUUUCCCAAAAAUGAAGUCACCGGAAGGAGAAGUAAACAUAACGGGACAAGAAAUGGGAGGAGGUUUCAAGUUGCCCAAAGUGGACUUGACGCUUCCCAAAGGCAAAGCAGGAACAACUGAUAUCGAAGGGGGAGGAAAGUUUCAGUUACCAUCAUGUGACAUCUCGUUACCUAAAAUGAAGACAGGUGACACUGAAGGUGGUAAAUUUGAAAUGCCUGCACUUGAUAUUUCUCUCCCCAAAGGCAAAAUGGAAGGGGAUAUCGAAGUAGAAGGACAUGCUGGGAAGGGAGGAAAAUUCAAAAUGCCUACUUUUGAUGUCUCUCUNUCAGAGUGCGGAGGAAGCCUCGGAGUCGGUGGAGAUCGUGGUGGAGACGGAGGCCGAGGCCGGAGCCAGCGGCUACAGCGUGACCAGCUGCUCAGUGCAAAGGUCUACUUUGACAACGUGAAGUAUGAAGACGCUCUGAAGAUCCUUCAGUGUGCAGAACCGUACAAGGUCAGCUUCCUGCUCAAGAGAACCAUCCCCGGAGCCGAGGUCAGCAUCCGGCCUCGCGUUCCCAGCGUGGAGGUCAAAGGUCCCAAAGCCAAGAUGGCCAAAAUGAGUGUGAAGGGCAUCAAGCCGUUCAAGGCCAAGAAGAAGAGAGGCGGUCGCUUCGGUCUGAAGAGGCUGAAGGAGAAGCGCCGGGAGGAGCUGGUGGUCGAGGGGACGCCUCCCAGGCUGGAGAUGAGCGACGUGGACGUGGAGUUUUCUCUGCCCAAGUUCAAACAGAGGAAGAGCGCAAAGGUUGAUGUUUCUCUACCAAAAGGAAAGCUGGAGGGUGAUGUUGAACUAGAGGGUCCUUCUGCAAAAGGAGGGAAGUUCAAAAUGCCUUCUCUGAAUGUUAAACUCCCUAAGAUAAGAACAUCUGGAGCUGAUGUUGACCUUAAAGGACCCGAGAUUGAGGUACCAUCAGUAGAUAUUUCCCUACCCAAAGGGAAACCAAAAGGUGAAGUUGAAAUUGAGGGAAACAGAGGCAAGUUUAAAAUGCCGUCAUGUGAUAUAUCUCUUCCAAAAAUUAAGUCACCUGAGGGAGAAUUUGUCUUGGAGGGGCCCGAAAUCAAAGGUGGAAAGAUGCCUGCUAUCGAUGUUUCUCUCCCACAAGGAGGCGUAGAGGGGCAUUUUAACCCUGAUGGCACUGAAGUGAAAGGAGGUAAAUUCAGCAUGCCCUCUGUGGACAUUUCCCUCCCAAAAAUGAAGCUACCCAAAGCUGACGUGGAGCUAGAAGGCCCAAAUGUGGACUUUUCUAAACCAAACCUUGAGGGCAACGUGGAGCUCAAGGGCAUUGGAGGUGGUGGCGAGUUCAAAAUGCCAACUUUUGACAUUUCUCUUCCAAAAAUGAAAGGGGGAGAAGUUGAUAUUGAAGGACCUGAAGUGAAAGGAGGAGGAAAGUUCCACAUGCCCUCUUUAGAUGUGUCACUGCCACAGAUGAAAACACAGAGAGGUGAGAUUGACAUCGAAGGUCCUGAGUUUAAAUCGCCCCAGGCAGGUUUAGACUUAAAGGGAGGUGAGAUUAAAGGAGGGAAAAUUAACAUGCCUUCCGUUGACAUCUCUCUUCCAAAAGGGAAAGCAGAAGGUAAGCUCGAUAUUGAAGGACCCUCAGGCAAAGGAGGCAAGUUUAAAAUGCCUUCAUUUGAUGCAUCCCUACCAAAGAUGAAGAUGCCAGAGGGAAAUAUUGGCCUUGAGGGACCUUCAGUUGACAUCUCUCUUCCAAAGGGAAAAGCAGAAGGUGACAUAGAAACUAAAAGUAAAGGAGGACAUUUUCAUAUGCCCUCAAUUGAUGUUUCUCUCCCGAAAAUAAAAUCGAAACGAGGCGACAUCAACGUUGAGGGACCAGAAAUUAAAGGUGGGGAAAUUAAAAAGCCAACUAUCGACAUUUCACCCCCUCAAGGAACAUUCGAAGGUGACAUCAAUGUUAAAGGUGAAGGAAAAGGAGGAAAAUUCAACCUUCCAUCUGUAGACAUCAACCUUCCUGCAGUAAAAUUUCCAGAGGGAGAUUUGAGUUUUCAAGGUCCGAAAGUCAAAGGUGGAAAGUUUGAAAUGCCAAAAAUUGACCUCUCUCUCCCCAAAGGGAAAGCAAGAGGAGACAUUGAUAUUGACAUUCACUCUGGAAAAGAUGGGAAUAUUGAAAUACCAUCCUUUGACGCUGGACUUCCUAAAGGUAAAAUCAAAGCUGACAUAAAUGUUGAAGGUCCUGAAGGAAAAGCAGGAAAAUUCAAAAUGCCCAAAUUUGAUGUUUCCCUUCCAAAAGUGAACCUGCCAGAGGGUGAUGUGAAAGUGGAAGGACCAGAGAUUAAAGGGAAAAUGGAAAUGCCCACUGUUGACAUUUCACUCCCAAAAGGAAAAAUAGAGGGAGAUGUUGACAUUGGGGCAAAAGGAGGCAAGUUUAACAUGCCUUCAAUCAAUAUCAAUCUCCCAAAACUAAAGUCUCCAGAGGCAGAUGUUAGCCUCGAGGGCCCAGAUGUUGACAUUUCACUUCCAAAAGCAAGAGGUGAUGUUGAUGUAAAUGUUGAAGGUCCUGAGGUGAAAGGGGGGAAGAUUAAAAUGCCAAAGUUUGAUAUUUCAUUACCUAAAGUAAAUUUUCCAGAGAGUGAUGUCAAAUUGAAAGGACCUGACAUAAAGGGCAGGAAGAUUGAGAUGCCAGACAUUGAUAUUUCACUCCCCAAAGGAAAAGCUGGUGGACAAAUUGAAGUUGAAGGACCUGCUGGCAAAGGAGGCAGGUUCCAUAUGCCCUCUAUUGAUAUCGGAGGAAAGAUUGCUGUGCCAACAGUUGAUAUUUCACUUCCGGCAGGAAAAAUUGAGGGUGAUAUCAAUGUUGAAGGGCCAUCUGGAAAAGGAAAGAUUGAAGGGCCAAAAGUUAAUAUUGAUAAAAAAGGUGGUGGACUCCACAUGCCAACACUUGACAUAAAUCUACCUAAGUUUGACCUUGACUUCAGUCUCCCCUCUGGUCGGAAGGAUAAAGGCCUCAAACUGGACACUGGUGUUUCAGGAGAUUUGGAGAUGCCUGGUCUCAAAGGAGAUAUUAAUGCAGACAAGUUGAAAGUUAAGGGUACAGGCAUAGAAACAGGUGGAGUAGAAGGUCCAGGUGGUUCCCUCAAACUCCCCACAGUCAAACUGCCAACAUUCGACAUCUCCGCUCCAAAGGUGGAUCUCGACUUUGGCCUCAAUAAACCUAAAGGUGAUGAUGUGGAAGUGGAGCUUCUGAAGGCAGAGGGAGGUAGGCCUUCUUCAGGGGGCAGCUUUGACCUACCUGAUGUUUCCCUCAAAGUCCCUGGUUUCACUCUUCCCAGGUUUGGUGCAAAGACAAAGAGCGGUGAUUUUGAGACAUCAGGACCAAAAGGAGGUGUUUCCCUCAGUCCACCACGUGUGGAAGGAGAGAUUAGAGCACCGUCAGUCGAGUUUGAUGGAGAUGGCAAAGUCAAGAUGAAGAAACCUAAACUCAAAAUGCCAUCAUUUGGAUUAUCGAAAAAGGAUGCAGAUGUAUCCGUGUCUUGCCCUGAUGUCGAUGUGAAAGUGAGAAAGGGGAAAAUUGAUGUUCCAAAACCAGAAAUCAAUGUCGAGAGCCCAGAUGACAAGUCAAAAUACAAAGUGAAAUUUCCCAAGUUUAAAAUGUCAUCACCAAAAGGUCAACUUCCAGAAGGAGAUGUUAAUGUUAAAGUGGAAGCAGAUGCUGAAGGAAAAGGUGGCUUCCAUGCACCUGGCGUCACACUCAAACUGCCAAAGUUCUCCAUGCCAGGAUUUGGCUCAAAAGAAAAAGAUUUAGGAAAGCCAAGUGGAGACCUUGAAGCGAAGGCCAAAGUAAAGAUGCCUUCUGUUGAACUAUCACUACCAGCAGCUAAAACACCAGAGACUGAGGUUCUUCUCCCCAAAGCAGAAGUUGAUGUUUCAGAGGCUGACAUUAAAGGGUAUGAGGGAAACCUUAAAAUUCCCAAAAUGCCAACAAUUGACGUCUCCAUCCCCAAAAUAGACCUGGAUAUGUCCUUGCCAAAAGGAAAGUCCCCGAAGAUUGAAGGACCAGAAGUGGGGUUAAAAGGGGGGGAAGGAAAAUUUAAAAUGCCUCAAAUAACAAUGCCCUCACUAGACAUAUCCCUUCCCAAAGGGAAGUCCGGAGAACUUCUUGGACCAGAUGUGGAAAUAGAUGGAGAAGGAGGCAAAUUUAAAAUGCCUCAUGUCAAACUGCCCACUGUUGAUAUAACCCUACCGAAAGUAAAAACUGGUAAAAUCGAUAAGCCAGAUGUUGACGUAGAAGGAGAGGGGGGAAAAUUCAGAAUACCUGGUAUCAAAAUGCCAAACAUUGACAUAUCUAAGGGAAAGACCGGGAAAUUAGAGGGACCAGAUGUUGAAAUUGAAGGAGGAGGAAAGCUCAAAAUGCCUCAAGUGAAGAUGCCAGAUGUUGAUAUCUCUCUGCCCAAAGGAAAGAUUGAAGGACCAGAGGUGGAGAUCACAGGGGAAGGUGACAAAUUCAAGAUGCCACAUCUCAAAAUGCCCUCUGUUGAUAUUUCACUGCCCAAAGGAAGGGUUGAGGGCCCAGAUGUUGAUGUAGAAGGAAGUACUGGGGGAAAAUUCAAAAUGCCUCACUGGAAAAUGCCUGGUUUUGAUGUCUCUCUGCCGAAAGGAAAGAUUGAAAGUCCAGACAUUGACAUAUCUCUGCCUAAAGGGAAAGUUGAAGGUCCAGAGGUGGAGAUAGAAGGAGAAGGUGGAAAAUUCAAGAUGCCUCAUCUCAGCAUGCCUUCAGUUGAUAUAAAGCUACCCAAAGGGAAGUUUGAAGGUCCAGAUGUUGAAGUAGAAGGAGAUGCAGGGGGAAAAUUCAAAAUGCCUCACAUGAAAAUGCCAAACGUUGACAUAUCUCUACCAAAAGGGAAAGUCGAAGGUCCAGAAGUGGAGAUCAAAGGAGAAAGUGGAAAAUUCAAGAUGCCACACAUCAGUAUGCCUUCAGUUGAUAUAAAGCUACCCAAAGGAAAGUUUGAAGGUCCAGAUGUUGAAGUAGAAGGAGAUGCAGGGGGAAAAUUCAAAAUGCCUCAUAUGAAAAUGCCAAACAUUGACAUAUCUCUACCUAAAGGGAAAGUCGAAGGUCCAGAAGUGGAGCUCAAAGGAGAAAGUGGAAAAUUCAAGAUGCCACACAUCAGUAUGCCUUCAGUUGAUAUAAAACUACCAAAAGGAAAAGUUGAAGGUCCGGACGUAGAGCUGGAAGGAGAUGCAGGAGGAAAAUUCAAAAUGCCUCACAUGAAAAUGCCAAACAUAGACAUAUCUCUGCCAAAAGGGAAACUAGAAGGUCCAGAAGUGGAGGUCAAAGGAGAAAGCGGAAAAUUCAAGAUGCCGCACAUCAGUAUGCCAUCAGUUGAUAUAAAACUACCCAAAGGAAAAGCUGAGGGUCCAGAUGUUGAACUAGAGGGAGAUGCAGGAGGAAAAUUCAAAAUGCCUCACAUGAAAAUGCCAAAAAUUGACAUCUCACUUCCAAAAGGGAAAGUCGAAGGUCCUGAUGUAGACAUUAAAGGAGAAGGUGGUGAAUUCAAGAUGCCACACAUCAGUAUGCCUUCAGUUGAUAUAAAACUACCAAAAGGAAAAAUUGAAGGUCCAGAGGUCGAAGUCGAAGGAGAUACAGGAGGAAAAUUCAAAAUGCCUCAUAUGAAAAUGCCAAACAUUGACAUCUCUGUGCCCAAAGGGAAAGUUGAAGGUCCAGAAGUGGAGUUAAAAGGAGAAGGUGGGAAAUUCAAGAUGCCGCACAUCAGUAUGCCUUCAGUUGACAUUUCACUGCCCAAAGGGAAGAUCGAAGGUCCAGAUGUUGAACUAGAGGGAGAUGCAGGAGGGAAAUUCAAAAUGCCUCACAUGAAAAUGCCAAAUAUUGACAUCUCUCUACCUAAAGGGAAAGUUGAAGGUCCAGAGGUGGAGUUCAAAGGAGAAGGUGGGAAAUUUAAGAUGCCACACAUCAGUAUGCCUUCAGUUGAUAUAAAACUACCAAAAGGAAAAGUUGAAGGUCCAGAAGUGGAAGUAGAAGGAGAUGCAGGAGGAAAGUACAAAAUGCCUCAUAUGAAAAUGCCAGAUGUCGACAUUUCUCUACCUAAAAGGAAAGUCGAAGGUCCAGAGGUGGAGUUUAAAGGAGAAGGUGGGAAAUUCAAGAUGCCACAUCUCAAAAUGCCCUCUGUUGAUGUAAAACUACCAAAAGGAAAAAUUGAAUGUCCAGAUGUUGAAAUAGAAGGAGAUGCAGGAGGAAAAUUCAAAAUGCCUCAUAUGAAAAUGCCAGAUGUUGACACAUCUCUGCCUAAAGGGAAAGUCGAAGGUCCCGAAGUGGAGGUCAAAGGAGAAGGUGGGAAAUUCAAGAUGCCACACAUCAGUAUGCCUUCAGUUGAUAUAAAACUACCUAAAGGAAAAGUUGAAGGUCCAGAUGUUGAGUUGGAAGGAGGUGCAGGAGGAAAAUUCAAAAUGCCUCACAUGAAAAUGCCAGAUGUUGAUAUUUCGCUUCCUAAAGGGAAAGUCGAAGGUCCCGAGGUUGAAAUCAAAGGAGAAGGUGGGAAAUUCAAGAUGCCACACAUUAGUAUGCCUUCAGUUGAUAUAAAACUACCAAAAGGAAAAAUUGAAGGUCCAGAUGUAGAAGUAGAAGGAGAUGUAGGAGGAAAAUACAAAAUGCCUCAAAUGAAAAUGCCAAAUGUUGACAUUUCUCUGCCUAAAGGAAAACCUUCAGUCGAAGGUCCAGAAGUGGACAUUAAGGGAGAUGGUGGACAGUUCAAGAUGCCGAAUGUGGGCAUUUCUAUCCCCAAAGGAAAAGCAAAUGUUGAUGCAGCAGGAGAGAAAUUGGAGGCAGACGGAGGAGGUAUCAAAAUGCCACAUAUCAAGAUGCCAAAAGUAGAUAUUUCACUUCCUAAAGGUAAAAGUAAAGACAUUGAAGCUCCUGUACUAGAGAUGGAAGUCACAGGUCCAGAGGUUAAACUUCCAAAGACUAAAUCAGCCGACGCACAGAUCAACUUGCCAACGAUUAAGGCUGAAGGGGAAUUCAAAGUCACAUCACCAGAUCUGGACACAGGGGCUCACGGAGAAGCUGAUUUGCAUGUUGAGGGAGAGCACAAAGGCAUGAAACUCAAGAUGCCAACAAUAGAUAUCAAAGGUCCGAAAGGUGACCUCGAGCUCGAUAUCGGGCUUCACCGAGGAGAGGGCAAGAAGGAUAGAAAAAAAGUCGAGCUCCCCGACUUGGACCUCAACACAUCAGGAACUGGCGGCAAAGUAAAGGGGCCUAAAGUCAAAGGAACGAAAUUCAAGAUCGGAAUGCCCAAAAAGAAAGUCAGUGGAAAUGUAGUGGCAGACGUUGAAGCUGGAACCCACAACGGACAUAAAGAUCGUGUCAACAUCCCAAUGCCGGAGGUGACGUCACCAAGUGUCAGUCUGAAAACAGGAACAGGAGGAGAAGGUGCAGAAAUCAAAGUCCCCAGGAUACCAGACAUAGACUUUGAUAUCGGUACAUCACCAGAUGAGGAUGACAACAAAACGGAACAAGGCAAGAAAAUCAAAAUCCCAAAGUUUGGUGUCCCGUUACCUUCCAUCUCCUCUCCUGAGAGACAGAUGAAUAUCUAUGGGCAAGAAAUCGAGUAUGAGGGCCCUAAAAUGCCCAAAGUAAAGAAAGCUGUUUUUGUUUUGGUGAAUCCUCCUACAGCAGAUGAACCUUCUCCAAGCACAGGCCUCCUAAAAGAGGAGGCAACAGCUGAAGCUGAGACGGAGGACAUCAAAGUGAAGAUGCCCAAGAUCAAAAUGAAGCCAAGUUUUGGGAAGUCCAAGGAUAAAUCUGCUGCAGAAAAAGGAGGUGAGGAAGAAGAGAAGUCAAAGGGAGGGAAGGUGAAACUGCCAAAAGUGUCAUUUUCUUCUGGCAAAUCAGGAUCGCUUGAUGUCGCUCUCAAGGGAGAAGGUUCAAGUUCGAGUCUCAACGGUGAAAAAGACACUCACAAGGGCUCCAAGGACGACAAAGGGACAUUUGGCGGUAAACUCAAACUUCCGAAGGUGGAGUUCACUAGUCCAUACGGCAAGAUGGCUGCAGGGGAGGAGAGCCCAGAUCCUUCACCAGGAGAAACCAGGGGAGACGCUAAAGUAAAACAAAGCAAGAUGGCCUUUGCGGGUUUCGCUGAGGAGUCUUCGAAGGAGGUAGUGUCAUCUCAUGCCAGAACAGAAAUGCUGGACAGGGACAGCUCAGAGUCGCCUCCCGGUUUCCUGGAGUUCAGCUCGGCGAAAGUCCAGGCGUGGACUGAGAUGGAGAGCAGAAGCCGGGAGUCUGAAGGAAGAGAGUCUUCGUCCUGGUUCAAAGUCCCGAAGAUGACUCUGAAGCCGCACUCCACAGGUUUCCUCCAGAUAACCCCAGAGGGUUCUCCGCAGGCCCAGCGAAAGGGCGAGGUGGGCGGCGAGGUCGACGUCUCGGGAUCUUUCUGCCUCCACACCUCGGCGCUCGACUUCAGCACCGAGCAAAUGUCCGAAGAGAGCCACGUCUCCUCCACCGAGGAGGGAACUGUCACCACGGUGACCAAGACCACCAGAAUCACCCGGCAGCUGGUCACCACGGAGCAGCGAACGGGCGAAUCUUCGACCACGACGACCACGACCCGCCAGGUGACGGACUUCGACUACUGAGGAUGCUGUAACGAUAUCUUAAAUGUUUAGUUUCUUUGUUGUUGUUGUUGUUGUUGUUGUUGUUGUUUUUGGUGAGGUUGCAGUGUUCUCGUAAGCUACGCCUGCAACAUGGCAAACCUCUAUUGAAGUAGCCCUAAAAGUCUUUAUUUUAUAUUUUAUUAGGUGAGGUAUGAAUGUGAUGAAAUGACUUUUCAUCAACCAGCAUUAUUGUCAUUAUUACAGCAACAGAGUAAUAUAUACUACCUUUUAUUUUCAUUUUACAUGUGACUAUUUCUUUUUUUUUUCUUUUUUGUUACCGUUCUUUGAGUUUUGUUAGUUUAGUUUUAAUUAUUUAUCCGAUUGUGUUUGGGUUUUAAAGGUUUCCCUCUGAAUGUAAACGCGUCAUAUUGCUUCACUAUUUAUUGUUGUCGGUGCGUUCAGGAUGAAUAACUCACAUCAGCAUCAUGGAUUAGACCGUGAUUUUGUGAUUAGUUGGAAAUGAUGAACCACUUCAGCACAGGCCAGAGUAAUAUUUAUGUAAAUACAACUAUAUAAUUGCUUUUUUGAAGCUGAAUCCCUUCAAUCCAAAAUGUAAUUAUUUUCCUAUUCACCGGUCGGGAGUAGAAAUGGUAUUUUUUUGACCUGAUAACCUAUUUUGUUUGUCUUGAAGGAAAAGUGUGAGCUUUUUGAGAUUAUAGGAUAUUCUCAUUUUCUGCCAUAGAUGCCUAUUUAGCUGGUGCUGUUUCCCAGAGAUAGUCACAGUGAGUGAGCAGGACGACGCUCUGGGCUCUUUUUCUGCUGUGGGGAUCAAACCUGCGACCUUCCGGUUUUACAGGUUUACUCUCGAAAACAUUUAGGCCAACCUGCUGCUAAUCCAUUUUAUAUAUUUAUGUUUUUACUGUACACUGCCAGAGAAGGACACCACUGUAUAUUUUGUGACAGCUUUAAGAUACACCAGACGCUCAGCUGUAAACCGGGCUGAGCUUCAGCGAGCUGGGAGGAAAUGUGGGGAUUUAUGGACGCUGUUGGGCGCUUUAACCAAAUAAAUUGCAGGAGUUUUGCGGGUGAAGCUGUAAAUCUUGCUCUACCAAAUUAUAUCUCUGUAAGACAAAGAGAUCAGCCACGGAGGGGCGAGCCUUGAUCGGAGGAGGAUCAUAAACAAGAUGUUUUCUUGUAGUUAAAAUGAAUUUGUUCUGUUUGAUAUUUUACAUAUUUCUAAAGUUAUAUGAAAUAACCAUCAGAGUAGCAAAGGCGUUCACCCCUUUAUCUCCACCUCUAUUUAUUUAUCUCUACAUUGAGGCAGUUUUUAUGGCAUUAAAUCUAAACUUACCUCCUCAGAGUUUUGCAGGAUUUUUCAGUUGGAUGUAAAACAUUUCAGAUUGAACACUUUUGAUUUAACUCGGUUGAUAAGAUGCACGGAGAAAGUCCUGACGAAUCCACUCCCAGACCGGUUUCACCAACACGUCGACACACUGAGCAGCGUCUACGUGUACGCAGAUCUUUACCUUCCUGGUUUAAACGAAGUCUUUACUUUAGAUCCUGAGAGUUUUUAGUGCCAAAGUGUUUUGUCGGAGCUGCAUUGGAGAGAAUGUUGGUUAAGUUGUUCCAUCAAUAAAACAAUAUUCACAUAAAAAAAAAAAAAAAAACAUGUU